GUUCAAAAUUUUAAUUCAUGCUACGAGGGACUGUAAAUUCGGGGCUAAAAAAAAGAAAAUGGGAAGAAAAACCAGGAGGUCAGCUUUCAAUUUUCAUGGCUAUCAAGAAAGCCAGAAUAGAAAACCCUAUAUCAAGGCCGAGUUUUCUGCAACUUUGUUACCCAUAAUUCUUUGCCUUAACCUGCUUUAGCGCCGGGGCCUUUCGAAGUUGCAGGAGCUUUCCCUUUUCCAGGGUUUGCUCCUUGGAUUCCCCAUUUUUAGGCACAUUCUCUCUCCGAGGGUUUUCGCUCCAUGGUUUUAUGCUAAGGAUUUCUAAGAGCUGGUUUUUGAUGGAUAUGGGGCUUGGUUUUUGAGAUCUCUUGGGGUUGGUUUGAAGGAAGUGGUGACGGGUUUUGUGGGCUUAUCUCUCUGAAGAAGGAGCUUUUUUGUGGAUGCGUGCGGUCUAGGGCACAUUUGGUCACAUAGGGCUUGUGCUCUCUGGUCUUAAGGGGGUUUUUGCUCUUAGUAUAUGAGAUUCAUUGCAUUUAAAUUUAACUGAAUUGGCGUUAUCCCUUCAUUUUGAGGCCACAUUGCUCUUUGAAUGUUUAUACGUUCGUUAUUUCUAGGUUUUGUUUUGGAGGAAAUGAGACCUCGUAUUGCGAUUUCGAGGGUUUAAGUCCCCGACGUUUUGGUCAGUGCUGAGCCAUAUAUCAAAUGGAGAUGCACAUUUUGGUUGCCAUUGCUUGUUGAAAUCAGAGUUUUCAUGGAUCUGGUUAUGGGUUUCUGAAAUUUAUUGCGUUUAAAUUUGGAGAUUUGUUAAGUGGUUGUGUGCAAAGUUCUGAGCUGAGAUGUAUGUUGCUCCUCCCCCCAAGCUCUCCGAAUCGAAUCGGAGGAUCAUUCAUAACAAUGGGCUUUCAAAACGAGUAUACCAAGUCUGGAAAGGAAGCAAUAGGUUCUUCCUUGGAGGCCGACUUAUAUUUGGUCCAGAUGUGAGGUCACUGGCAAUGACAAUAUUUCUUAUUACGGUGCCAGUUCUUAUGUUCAGUGUAUUCGUUUCUCAAAAACUUGUCUACGAGUUUCCACACCAUCUUGGGAAUCUCAUUGUAGCUAUUGCUAUUAUCUUCACUAUAUACGUUCUCAUUCUUCUUUUCCUGACUUCUGGAAGAGACCCUGGUAUAAUUCCGCGUAAUGCACAUCCUCCUGAACCUGAAGAUGAUGGUGAUGGUUCAAAUUUGAGCGUCGAUUGGGCAGGCUCCCAAGGUAGCAUGCCCAGUUUGCCUCCCACUAAGGAUGUGCUUGUUAAUGGGGUUGUUGUCAAGGUCAAGUAUUGUCAAACAUGCAUGCUAUAUCGGCCACCACGAUGCUCCCAUUGUUCAAUUUGCAACAAUUGCGUGGAGCGUUUUGACCAUCAUUGCCCCUGGGUUGGACAAUGUAUUGGGCAGCGGAACUACAGAUUCUUCUUCAUGUUUGUGUCCUCAACAACUCUUCUGUGCAUCUAUGUAUUUGCAUUUUGCUGGGUAAACAUCAGGAAGACAAUGCAAGCAUACGACUGCAGUCUCUGGAGGGCUUUUCUGAAGUCACCUGUGUCGGGCAUCCUCAUCGUAUAUACUUUUGUAGCAGUUUGGUUUGUGGGAGGGCUCACAACUUUUCAUCUUUAUUUGGUUUGCAGCAAUCAGACAACUUAUGAGAACUUUCGCUAUCGCUACGAUGGGAAAAUGAACCCCUACAAUAGAGGGUGGUUUCAAAACAUUCGAGAGAUCUUCUUCUCAAGAAUCCCUCGUUCUAAAAACAAAUUUCGUGCAAAGGUGAAGGAAGACUCUUCUGCCUUCACCACCUCUCUCUCUAUGGGGGCGCCCAACCUUAGCCCUGAGAUUGCAAAAUCAAGCUUUGAUGUAGAGAUGGGUGGGGGCAAGAGGCACACGGUUGAUGCUGAAGAGUUUGCAGAUAUUCAAAGCCAGAUGGAGAGUGUCGGUAGCCAUCUAGAGAGGUGCGGGACCCACCCCAGUCGCACUAGCUGGGGACAAAAAGGUAACUGGGAGAUAACACCUGAUAUUCAUGCUUUGGCUGCUGAGUUUGGUGGAGAGGAUAGAUUCACUGAUAGAGAUAAGAAUCAAGGAGGCCAUUAAAGACAGUUAUUUGCUUCUCUUAAAAACCAGUUCGCCAGGUUUUUGGCCGGGAAGUUUUUACAUUGCUCUCUCUCUCUCUCCUUUGGAGGGAAGAGGGUGGUGGGUGAGAGGGCAAAAUGUGUUCCAUCUGAUAAAGGUUUGGGGAGGGUAAGGUUUGUAUACUAAAAUUGUUGCUUGGAUUUGCAGUGAAAUUGUAAAUUGUAGGAAGAACAAAAUGUAAUGGUGGCCUCCUAGGUGUGAAUGUAGAUUCUUCUUUUGCUUGGAGAAGGUAACUGAGUAUUUUUUAUGCUUUGGAGAAGACUGAAAAGGAAACAGGGGCUCAGCACCCUUCAUGAAAAUUUGUGGGGGUUAGUUUUA